AUGGCCUUGAAAUCUCAACCAACACCAGUAGACACAAAACUAGUUGAGGCAAAGGAAUAUCGAAGUCUAGUGGGUGCACUUCAAUAUCUACCUUAUACCUGUCCUGACAUCGUCCAUGCCGUCAAUAAAGUAUGUCAAAAACUCAAAGAUCCAACACAAGGAGACAUGAAAGCAGUAAAAAGAAUACUUCGCUAUCUCAAAGGAACUUUGCACUAUGGAAUCAAAUUUCUUGCCCACAGUCCUCUAAAGCUAUAUGGAUUUUGUGACACUGAUUGGGCAGGUUGUUCAGACACUAGAAGAAGCACUACUGGUUAUUGUAUAUAUCUAGGAGCUAAUUGUAUUUCUUGGUCAUCAAAGAAACAACCAACAGUUUCAAUAUCAAGCUCUGAAGCAAAAUAUAGAUCAAUGGCAAGUACAAUGGCAGAACUAGUAUGGAUUACUUUCUUACUACGAGAUGUUGGAAUUGAAUUACAUGAACCACCAUAA